UCAGUUUUAUUCCCUUUACAGCUGAAUCGAUUCGAAUCAUAUCCAGCCCUACUUGUAGAUUUUUAGCAAGCAAUGCUCUCUCCUUCUCUCCCCCAAUUUAAAAGAAACAAAAAGGGGCAACAGAAAUUGCAUAAGCACAGUGUCGUUUAGUGUAAGCAAAGCAAGAAAAAAACUAUAUUCAUCUCGUAAAACAAAGCAAAGAAAACCACGGCGCCUCUAACCUCUUCAUCCAACUCUAUCUUUCCCCUUAAGCAAAUCUUUGAUAAUCAGUUUAAGAAUCCUUCUCUCCUUCAGCUACAUGCAAGCAACCUCCAGACCUCAAUAAUGAACAUUUCACGUCAAGCACAAUCACCGCUUCAUACAAUUUCUGAUUCAAACGGUAUUAUAGCAGCAUCAAAUCAUGGCAAAACACCAGUUAUGCUGUCCAAUAUUUGCCCAAAUUCACCAAGCCUACAUGAGAAGAGAUCCCCUAAAAGAUCUGAUAUUGUCAAGUACAUGGAAUGCCUCAAGAACCAUGCUGCAGCCAUUGGUGGUAAGGCCACAGACGGUUGUGGAGAGUUCCUGCCGGGUGGCGAAGAAAGCUCCCUUGAAGCCCUUAUAUGCGCAGCAUGCGAUUGCCAUAGGAAUUUUCACAAGAAAAUACUCAUAGAAAGAGGCUAUUAUUUGCCUGAGAUGGGAGUGAAAAGGGCAGAUAAUGAAGUUGUAAAAAAGAGGUUCAGAACCAAGUUCAGCCAAGAACACAAGGAGAAGAUGUUGGGAUUUGCAGAGAAAUCUGAGUGGAAGAUACAAAAUGUGGAUGAAUAUGAGGUGAGCCAAUUCUGCCAAGAGAUAGGCGUGAAGCGGAAAGUGCUUAGGAUUUGGAUGCACAACCACAAAUAUAAUUACUUGGCCAAGAAAAACUCUAUUACUUGAAUCAUCACUUCCUCAGUAUUCCUAGCUUUUUUAUCUUUCUAGUUCUUGUUUUUUUUUUUUUUUUUUUUUUUUCUGAUAUCCAGGUAUCCACCUUACAGUGACUAAAUCCUGAAGUCUACACCUUGGUCCCUCAAGCUGCAGACAUGUUAAAUCGCAGGUUGUGUUUCAAACUGACCAAUGCUGUUUCAAACUGACCAAUGCUCAAGAGCCCCCCAAUUGAUCUGUCAAAGUGUCAAGCAAAUCGUUUUUUUUCCAUCUUUGCAUCUUGUUUUUUGGUAGAGCUCCUACUUUCCAGAAUAAAUCCUGCCUUUUAGGAGAAUAUCUGCCUUUCAAGAGCUUUUCAGGAAUUGAACUCACGAUCUCUGAUCUGCUAGUCUUGAAGCACCCUCAUCUUGUUCUUGGGGGCCUUUCUAGUUCUUGUUCUUCUUUUAUUGCAAGCUUGUUUGGAGCUUGAGUUUUCGUAAUUCCUUAGUUGUUGAAGUCCAAAGUUAAAUUUCACAAUGCAAUUAAUCACUCUGUUAGCAGCAUU